AUGGUCUGGCAUAUUUACUUUGCUACUGGAAUUAAUUACAGUUUAAUGCUGGUUUCAGGUCUUAGAAGCCGUGAGCUCACCAUGCCAGUGCCUCACCAUAUGGGCUGCUCCCUGCCUACAUUUCAGGAUGCCCACAAUGGCAACGUGAUGUUUGUGAUUGGGACUUUAGAUGGAGACCCUGUAAAACUAAACCUACUAAAAGAUUAUGUAUCUAAGGCUCUCUUUACAUUAGUCAACAACCUGGCAUUCUCUUCAUUCAACAUAAUCCACUUCACAUGUGAGAUAACCAAGUGGUGUGACCGAGCUGUAAUCUGUAACCCUGAGACUGCUUGUGAAGCUGUCUCAUGGGUCCGAAAUCUGCCAUGUGAACCUGGUAUCAGUCCCGUCCUUGCUCUCUCGGCAGCGUUUGAGGAUACAGGCUGCCAGACCGUGUACUUAGCUAUAGACUCUCUCCCAGGCAACGUGCUGCAGGACAUCUAUGCGUUGUUGGCCAGACAUAAGGACGCCUGCUCAGUGCAAGUAGUUUACCUGGUGGGAGAGCCGUGUGAUAGUCCAACACAGGGACAAUUCAAGACUGUCAGUCUACACCCCUCAGGAUCUGCAAAAGAGGUCACUGUGAAAGGCAACUUCAUUGGCAAUAACUGUUGCAACGCUUCACGAUUUGGACCUCUCUUGUCUCCAAAUUAUUCGGAAGUUCGGUAUGUAUGA